AUGACCUGCUGAUAUCACCACUCCAGGAUGCACCCUCGAUAUAAUCUCAUUCGCCGCGUCUAAGCAAUCCCAGGAGUGGAGUACAUAUCCUGGGGAAGAUUUCCCUCGAUCACUGCGUGGUUUUGUCUACUUCACCGCCGGGCUUGCCACUGCAUUUCAUCUUUCUUCUGCUUGUAUAUUGGCCAUCCUUCCUCCUCCUUCUGCAGACCACAGGCGAGAGGGUCGGGACUCUGGUAUCCACACAUCGCCGUCGACACAUACAGGACAUUCCGCCGCCACCAUGCACAUCGGACCACAGCUCGAGGGCAAUGCCCUUCUCUACAGCGUAUCUCUCCUCGCCUGUCUCGGUUUCCUGCUCAUCGGCUACGACAAUGGUCUCAUGGGCGGUCUGGUCGGAGCCCAAUCUUUCUACAACACGUUCAAGGUGGACCAGGACACGGAUGCAGGCACAGAUAUGAUUGCCCUGAUUGUGGCUAUCUACGAAAUCGGAUGCUUCAUCGGCGCCGUCGUGACCUCCUUCAUUGGAGAGUCCCUCGGCCGAAAGAAGAGUAUCUUCUACGGUGUCCUGAUCAUGAUCGCCGGAGCCCUCCUCCAAGCCACCGCCUACGGCACCACACAUCUGAUCAUAGCUCGCGUCGUCGCAGGUAUCGGAAUGGGCUUCAUCAACUCCACCGUCCCCGUCAUGAUGGCCGAAUUCGCGCCCAAAGCCACCCGAGGUAUCUACGUCUGCGCGCAGCUCUCGACCCUCAACUUCGGCAUCAUGAUGGUCUACUGGAUCGACUACGGCUUCGGCAAAAUCGCAGGCUCGCCCUCCUACGCCUGGCGUAUCCCCGUCAUCAUGCAAUGCAUCUUCCUCGUGCCCAUGCUCAUCAUCCUCGCCAUGAUCCCCGAAACACCCCGCUGGCUCCUUUCCCAACACCGCGGCGACGAAGCCCUCGACGUGAUGCGACGCCUCAACAAGGGAAAAAUGUCCGACGAGGCGAUCUUGCGCAUGCACGCCGAUGUCACCAACACCGUGGCCUUUGAAGAGUCCAUCGGCAGCGGGUCAUGGGGUGACCUCCUCCGCGAAGACGAAAUCCGCAGCCGUCGCCGUUUCCUCAUCGCUUGUGGUGUGCAGAUCUUCCAGCAACUCGGCGGCAUCAACGCUCUCAUUUACUACAGCAACACCCUCUUCCACAAGUCCUUGGGUUUCGACUCGCAAAUGUCCGCCCUCAUGGCCGGAAUCCUCAACACCUGGUUCUUCGCCGCGUCCUUCAUUCCUUGGUUCCUAAUCGACCGCAUCGGCCGCCGCCCCCUCUUCCUCUCCAUGAUCUCCCUCAUGGCGGCCGUCAUGGUCGUCCAAACCGGUCUAAUCUGGAACGUCGAAAACAGCACCUCGAUCGCCAUCCCCGCCGGCCGCGGCGCCGCCGCCAUGCUCUUCAUCUUCCAAGGCGCCUUCACCAUCGGCUUCCAAGCCACCGUGUGGGUCUACCCGUCGGAGAUCCUGCCCCUCAAACUCCGUCAAAAGGGAUCCUCCAUCUCCACGGCUUGUAACUGGAUUUGCAAUUUCGCGAUUGUGUACAUCACGCCGCCUGCGAUCAGGAGUAUUAAAUACAGGACGUAUAUCAUUUUCGCCGUGUUGAAUGCGCUUUGGGUGCCGAUUAUUUACUUUUUCUUUCCGGAGACGAAGGGCCUCGCAUUGGAAGACGUCGAUCGACUCUUCGCCAAAGACGAUCAAGUUAGGGACAAUCUCACGACGAUUAUCGAUGGGGAUAGCGAGAAGCAUGAGGUGCAGUUGGUGAAUGAUACGAAGGAGAAGAUUUGA